CUUCGUCUUUAAACUCAUCGACUCAUAGGAUAGCUUAGCAAGCAUUUAGAUGGCGCCACCUCCUGGUCCCUACUCCGGCACCAGCACUCUUGCUUUGGUGGCUCGUGUUUCGGCUUUCUCAUUUGGGCUUGUUUAUGGCAACAUCAAGCUCAAGUACCUCAAGGCAAAGGCAAGAUCUCACAAGAAAGCUGAAGUAAAGGCUCAUCAUUGAAGGUGAUGGGAUCUAUCUCAUGUUGGGUGAACAUUUGAGUACAGAAAUAAUCUUUAAUGGGGAAUGGUUUUGCAGACCUUGCAGGCUGCUUUUGUCAAUUUUUGUUUUUGAGAGUUAGUCCUUUAAGAGAAACUGCACUUAAUUGGCAGUGACAAUUUUCACUUUCGUAACAAUUUAAUGUUGAAUGAUUUCCUCCUUUGUUUAAAAUAAUAAUCCUCAGUUACUUUUAGGUCCCCAA